CCUCAGUAGACCCUUCACACCUGUCAGAUCCAAGGAAGCCCUGUCUACACUUGCAUCGGGAAGCUGAGCCCUGGUCUUGUCAAACCAGGUGAACAGAGCUGCAGAGAGGGAAAAGGGGGUGUGCAUUGACUCCCCCCAACAACGAACCCACUCCCCCUCUUUUCCCCCACUUCGAUUGUCACCUCGUUGCUCGCCUCCUUGUCUCCUCACUAGCUCUCUGUUCAGGACUAUUCUGCCGCAUUUCUCGCACCCAGCUCCAUCUACCUGGAAAGUACUGCUUCUUGGACCAUGGCCCCGAAGCUGCUGGUACUCUUCUGCCUGCUCUCCGGGCUCCACGCACGGUCCAGAAAGAUUGAAGAUGAUGAAUAUGAAGAUCUAUCUUAUAACCAAAAGUGGGUCCUGGCUCCCAAAACUCAAGACACUGAUGUGACUCUUAUACUCAACAAGUUGCUAAGAGAAUAUGACAAAAAACUGAGGCCAGAUAUUGGACUAAAACCAACAGUUAUUGAUGUUGACAUUUACGUUAACAGCAUUGGACCUGUGUCAUCAAUAAAUAUGACGAAGCAUGUUACAGAUGUUACAUCUAUUGAAUACCAAUCCAUUCUCACUUCUGCAUCUUGGAAUCCUUAG